GUGAUCCUCCCACCUCAGCCUCCCAAAGUGCUGAGAUCACAGGCCUGAGCCACCACACCCAGCUUCGCUAUAGUUUCUAAUAUCUAAUAUAUGUACCCUUUCUUCCUUUUUUUAAACAGUGCUUGUCUACUUUGAUUGAAAAGAAGGGCCAUCUUCUAUGUGCACAUUUAUUGGCCAUUUAGAGAAAGUCCUGCUAAUAAAUCUUAGGACAGGGUGUGGUUUCUGAGUGUGGCUAGCUGAGCUCCUGCUAAUUACCUUGUGAGCUUAAUGAGAAUGUAGUUCUGCGGCUUCCACCCCAUUUUAGAGCCUCAUAGACUACUGAUAGAUCUGUAUGGCACAAAGAGAUGUCUUAUUUAUUUUUUAAGCAGUGGUUUUUACUCAGUGAGCGGUGGUGGUGAAGUAGUCUGUUUUUUUCUUUUCUUGGUUGGGGGUGCCAUUCUAAUUUGUUCUGAUUUCAUUUUCUUGUUUUGGUUUAGGGCAUUGGCAUACUUUAAAGCUACCUUGCUAGGCCAGGGAGGUUUCUUCUCUUAGAAGUGCAUCAGGAGGAAGGUUUUUCAGUGUGAUAUAAAGAGGUGGACGAAGUAGAGUGGGAAACAGGAAAAAACAUGAUAGUGAGACUCUCCUCAUGGUUUUUCCUUGCAUGAUACUUUACCCUUCACCUCUCAACAGAUUUUAUUUUCUAAAAUAGACUAAAAAAAAGUCUUUAGUGGCUUCCCAUGACAUAAAGGUAAAGCCCAGCGUCUGCAGUCUGGCACUGGAGCCCGCCUACCACAUAACACACCCCUUCGGUUUCCUCCUAUUUUCUCACCAUGCACAGUUGAAGCCACAUGCACCUGGAGCCCAUCUUCCUCCCAUCUCCCUGGUCCUCCUCCUCCUUUCUGUGAACUCCUCCAGCAGGAACUGUCUGUGCCAUUCAUUAGGACUGUUAGUCAUGUGGGCCACAUUUUAAAUUAAUGAUUUCAUACAUGUGUUACCUCACUAACCAGGCUAGAAUGCCCCAAAUUGGAGGCUCAUGGGUUGAAUUCAGCCCACAUGCAUGUUUUGUUUGGCCCACAGAAUGUUUUUGAAGAAUCUGAAUUAGUUGCCAGCGUUUUUAAAAAAUCAGGAGAUGGCACAAACACAGAUCUGGAUUUCUGAUUUCUCUUGACAACUGGAAGCUCUGACAAUGCCAGGCCAGCAUUCCAGGAUGGUUUCAAUUGGCUGGAGCUGUGUUAAUCACUGACUCUUUCUGACAUGAUUCCACUUUAGGACAGUCCCAAUCACUCCUCUGUCCUGUGCCUGCCCCUGAAAGCAGUUUAAACCUACGACCUCUGAAUUACAAACUACACCCUAUGUCUUUGGAGGACAGAGCUUUUGUCUUUGCUUCCUCACCUCCCCAGAGCCUAGCACACUGUUAUUUACAUAACAGAUGCUGAAAACUACUUCCUGAAUGGAAGGAAGAAAGGACAGAAACCAAGAAACAGAUGAAACAAGUAAUGAUCCAGGAGAUGAGGCUACAGGAAGCCAUGAGUAAGAACACACAAAUGAAGCCUUUUUUGUUGCCUCAAAAAGGUUGUGACGUGGAAGACCUUGUGCUGUUACAGAUUCAAAUGUCAUUGAUUUGUAAAGUCCUUUAAGUAACAAGAGAAAAUUAAAAGAGAUAAUGCAUUUUUAAAAUGAUAGCUUCCCAGAAGCUAGAUAGCAGAAACAACGUAGAUUAUCUAAUGAGGCUUUUCAACUUAGCAUACUUAACUGUGUCAAACAGUGAAGUGAGUCAGUCUGUCCUUUUUUUUUUUUUUUUUAAGAAAAACCAUAAAGCUUUAAUCCUUGCUUUGUAGUGCUGACUAGGUAAAAGAGGAAUUACCCUAAAGGCAGCAGUCUUCAUUUCAUGCUGCAUACAAAAUCUCAAAAGAGAAACACUGGAAGAAAUGCAUGUUACCAAGGACCUUUUCCUGAACUUGAACCAAAUGCCUUCUUCAUGCUCUCCAAGCCGCCUCUCGGAACUCAGAUUCAAGUGAAGUUAGAAGGUCAAGAAGAAUGGGGUUCCAGAAUACUAAACACAUUGCUUGAUGACUCAACCUUAAGUGAAACUUCACAGAUGACACUGUGGCUCCAGAGGAGAAGUCAAGCCUUGACUCAAGUUCUAACAAAGGAGGCGAUACAGCUUCCUCCUGCUACUGAAAGGCCUCUGCAAUGUUACUGCUGAGCAUAAGAGUCAGGAAAAGUGGGACUCGCUGAUUGUCACUGCCUCUGAUUUAAAAGGUGUCAGGUGAAGCGAGUUGGUGGUGAAGCCCUUGGGAAUUCAGAGGAGACAAGAAGUGAGAGAAACUUUUCAACUUGUCUACUAUGGGAAUCUGUGUUUGAACUGCAAGUUUGAGGAACCAAAGCUGAGUAAAGCUUUAGAUUUGGGACCCCCUUGAAGCUUCAGUUUAAGAUCUUGGUACACCUUAUCCAGCAUUCAAGACCAACAACCCUUCUUUUGUCUGGUCUUAUAUCCUCAACCAGAUUAAUGAAGGUACGCUUCUCUGAAUGCCUAGGGCUAAAAUGUCUCUGCACACUGGAGUUGUCCAUGACAUAAUCUAUCCUAUUAGAAAAAUUAGGGGACUGUACACAUAAUCUUUGGACUUCUUGAGGGUAGUUAUGAAAAACCUAAUAUUCCUCAUAUUGUGGAAAGGUAAAGUAACUUAACAUAAACAAAAAUAAUGUGUAUAAUAUUUAAACAUUCUGAAUUGUUAAGGCUAGAAUUUUCUUGAAUUAUGUAACUAUCUCUCUUUUCUAAAUUAUUGGGAUAAUCACAAAAAUACCCUUUUUUUAGGAGUGUUUGAGGACUAAAGAACUAGGAAAGAAGAGAUUAAAAAAUAUAAAUAUGAAAAUAAACAUAUCAAAAUGCUGGCUGUGUUAUAUUUAGGUGGUACACUUGAGUAAUUUUAAUUUUUAUCUUUGCAUCUUUUUGUAUUUUUCACAUUCUCUGCAAUGAAAAUAAAUUACUUUUAUAAUCUAGAAGAAGCUCCAACAAACUUUAAAAUAAAGGUAAAGAUGAGAUCUUUAGUAUUUACAAAUAUGAGGGGAGACAAAUUAGGUUUCUUCUAGCCUCAGAUGGUGAUUGCCAUAACAUGGUGAUGUGUCCCGUGAAUUCCUGAGAAGAGAAUGUGGUCAUAUGGAUUACCCAGUGAACGUGAUUUUCUAUGGGCUGGAUGGACUGAGUGUGCCAACGGGUUGAGAAUAACGUAGAACUAAGAGGGAGUUUAGUGAUACUGAAGAUUCUGAGCAAGGCUAGAGAGGCAUUGUUCAGGAUCCUGAGGUCAGUGCUUGAGGUGAUAGUCUACUGAAACCCUAUGAGUAAAAGAAGAAAUUGACAAGAACAAGACAGAAAGAACCGGGAGACUCUGAAUUGGGAUAGGGGCUGCUCAGAGAUGUUCUGAAGGGCAGACCAUAAGGAUGCUGGUAAAAGUCUGAAGCAGGAAACCUCCAGAAAGGUAGUUCUAACCUGAAGUCAAAAUACUAUGGGCUAAGGGGUAAAAGGUGGAGCAUGGAAGCAAGAUGACUAGCAAGAGGGGCCACAAGGGGCUUCACAGGCUAGGAAAGGGCAUUCAAAAGCCUAUGCAAGGGCUUGUGCUAUGAUUAAUGAAACCCAAGCUUAAGAGAGUAACAUCAGACUGAAUUUGAAAUUACCUUACACUUUCAAACAUUUCAGUUCUUGCAUUUAAACUUAACGGUAACACCAGAGAUGGUGAAAGAAUGGGAGAAAGACCAUGAAAUCCAGGGACAUUAUGAUCAAAGGCCUUAAAGAAUGCGUUCCAGAAGUAGUGAAACCGAGGGCUCAGCCCAAAAGCAAUUUCUAAGACAUAUGAAAGACUACAGUUUCCAAGAGUCUGAGGACAUGAAGCACAGACAGCAAGACAAAUACCCUACCAGCAAGUCAGAUGAAAUCCUUCCAUGUCCCAAGUCAGAGAAGCUACACGGUGGUAACGGCCACCAAGCAGAAGACCUCUCAAGAGAUGACCUGUUAUUUCUUCUCAGCAUUCUGGAGGGAGAACUGCAGGCUCGAGAUGAAGUCAUAGGUAUUUUAAAGGCUGAAAAAAUGGACUUGGCUUUGCUGGAAGCUCAGUAUGGGUUUGUCACUCCAAAAAAGGUGUUAGAAGCUCUUCAGAGAGAUGCUUUUCAAGUGAAAUCUGCCCCUUGGCAGGAGGACAUCUAUGAGAAACCAAUGAAUGAGUUGGACAAAGUCAUAGAAAAACAUAAAGAAUCUCACAGACGAAUUCUGGAACAGCUUUUAAUGGCAGAAAAAUCUCAUAGGCAAACCAUAUUGGAGUUGGAGGAAGAAAAGAGAAAACAUAAAGAAUACAUGGAGAAGAGUGAUGAAUUCACAAGUUUACUAGAACAGGAAUGUGAAAGAUUAAAGAAGCUGAUUGAUCAAGAAACCAAGUCCCAGGAGAAGAAGGAUCAAGAAAAAGAGAAGAGGGUCACCACCCUGAAAGAGGAGCUGACCAAGUUGAAGUCUUUUGCUUUGAUGGUGGUGGAUGAACAACAAAGACUGACGGCACAGCUCACCCUUCAAAGACAGAAAAUCCAAGACCUGACCACAAAUGCAAAGGAAACACAUGCCAAACUAGCCCUUGCUAAAGCCAGAGUUCAGGAAGAAGAGCAGAAGGCAAACAGACUAGAGAAGGAACUGCAAACGCAGACCACAAAGUUUAACCAGGACCAAGACGCAAUUAUGGCAAAGCUCACCAAUGAGGACAGUCAAAAUCGCCAGCUUCGACAAAAGCUGGCAGCACUUAGCCGGCAAAUUGAUGAGCUGGAAGAGACAAACAGGACUUUACGAAAAGCAGAAGAGGAGCUGCAAGAUAUAAAAGAAAAAAUCAACAAGGGAGAAUAUGGAAAUGCUGGUAUCAUGGCGGAAGUAGAAGAGCUUAGGAAACGUGUACUAGAUAUGGAAGGGAAAGAUGAAGAGCUUAUAAAAAUGGAGGAGCAGUGCAGAGAUCUCAAUAAGAGGCUUGAAAAGGAAACAUCACAAAGUAAAGACUUUAAACUAGAGGUUGAAAAACUCAGUAAAAGAAUUAUGGCUCUGGAAAAAUUAGAAGAUGCUUUCAACAAAAGCAAACAAGAAUGCUAUUCUCUGAAAUGCAAUUUAGAAAAAGAAAGGAUGACCACAAAGCAGUUGUCUCAAGAAUUGGAGAGUUUAAAAGUAAGGAUCAAAGAGCUUGAAGCUAUUGAAAAUCGGCUGGAAAAGACAGAAUUCACCCUAAAAGAGGAUUUAACUAAACUGAAAACAUUAACUGUAAUGCUUGUAGAUGAGCGGAAAACAAUGAGUGAAAAAUUAAAGCAAACUGAAGAUAAGUUACAAGCUGCUUCUUCUCAGCUUCAAGUGGAGCAAAAUAAAGUAACAGCAGUUACUGAGAAGUUAAUUGAGGAAACUAAAAGGGCACUCAAAUCUAAAACUGAUGUGGAAGAAAAGAUGUACAGUGUAACCAAGGAGAGAGAUGAUCUAAAAAACAAACUGAAAGCAGAGGAAGAGAAAGGAAAUGAUCUCCUGUCAAAAGUUAAUAUGUUGAAAAAUAGGCUCCAAUCAUUAGAAGCAAUUGAGAAAGAUUUCCUAAAAAACAAAUUAAAUCAAGAUUCUGGUAAAUCCACAACAGCAUUACACCAAGAAAACAAUAAGAUUAAAGAACUCUCUCAAGAAGUGGAAAGACUGAAACUGAAGCUAAAGGAUAUGAAAGCCAUCGAGGAUGACCUCAUGAAAACAGAAGAUGAGUAUGAGACUCUAGAACGAAGGUACGCUAAUGAACGAGACAAAGCACAAUUUUUAUCUGAAGAGCUAGAACAAGUAAAAAUGGAACUUGCUAAAUACAAGUUAGCAGAAAAGACAGAGUCCAGCCAUGAACAAUGGCUUUUCAAGAGGCUUCAAGAAGAAGAAGCUAAGUCAGGGCACCUCUCAAGAGAAGUGGAUGCAUUAAAAGAGAAAAUUCAUGAAUACAUGGCAACUGAAGACCUAAUAUGUCACCUCCAGGGAGAUCACUCAGUUCUGCAAAAGAAACUAAAUCAACAGGAAAACAGAAACAGAGAUUUAGGAAGAGAGAUUGAAAACCUCACUAAAGAAUUAGAGAGGUACCGACAUUUUAGUAAGAGCCUCCGGCCUAAUCUCAAUGGAAGAAGAAUCUCUGACCCUCAAGUAUUUUCUAAAGAAGUUCAGACAGAAGCAGCAGACAAUGAACCACCUGAUUACAAGAGCCUCAUUCCUUUGGAACGAGCAGUCAUCAAUGGUCAGUUAUAUGAGGAGAGUGAGGACCAGGACGAGGACCCUAAUGACGAAGAAUCUGUGCUGUCCUUCAAAUGCAACCCAUCUACUCCCUGUCCCGUUAACAGGAAGCUAUGGAUUCCUUGGAUGAAAUCCAAGGACAGCCAUCCUCAGAAUGGAAAAAUACAAACUAAACCCAAUGGCAACUUUGUGCAACCUGGAGAUCUAGUCCUAAGCCACACGCCUGGACAGCCACUUCAUAUAAAGGUUACUCCAGACCAUGUCCAAAACACAGCUACUCUUGAAAUCACAAGUCCGACCACAGAGAGCCCUCACUCUUACACGAGCACUGCAGUGAUACCGAACUGUGGCACCCCAAAGCAAAGGAUAACUAUCCUCCAAAAUGCCUCCAUAACAUCAGUGAAAUCCAAACCCUCUACGGAAGGCCUCAUUAAUUUAGAGCAAGGCAUGUCUCCGAUUACUAUGGCAACCUUUGCCAGAGCACAGACCCCAGAGUCUUGUGGUUCUUUAACUCCAGAAAGGACAAUGUCACCUAUUCAGGUUUUGGCUGUGACUGGUUCAGCCAGCUCUCCUGAGCAGGGACGCUCUCCAGAGCCAAUUGAAAUUAGUGCCAAGCAUGCGAUUUUCAGAGUCUCCCCAGACCGGCAGUCAUCAUGGCAGUUUCAACGUUCAAACAGUAAUAGUUCAAGUGUGAUAACUACUGAGGAUAAUAAAAUCCACAUUCACUUAGGAAGUCCUUACAUGCAAGCUGUGGCCAGCCCUGUGAGACCUGCCAGCCCCUCAACACCACUGCAGGAUAACCGAACUCAAGGCUUAACUAACGGGGCACUAAACAAAACAACCAAUAAAGUCACCAGCAGUAUUACUAUCACACCAACAGCCACACCCCUUCCUCGACAAUCACAAAUUACAAUCAAGGAGCUACACAAGCAGAGAAUCCCAACACGGAUCCCUAAGCCAAAAUCUACAGGCAUCACUAAAAUUUCUGCUAAAGCUCCCCCAGGACUUAUGGAUAAGCCUGUUUACCAAAAUGGCUGUGGGAAGCUACACAUCACAAAAACUGUCACCUCCAACACUUUCCUCCACAUGGGAGGGAAAAGAGACGGGGUCUGGCUCUGUCACCCAGGCUGGAGUACAGUGGCACGUUCAUAGCUCACUACAUCCUCAAACUCCAGGAUUCAAGCAAUCCUCCUGCCUCAGCUCAUGAGUAGAUGAGACUACAGGCAUGAGCCACCAUGCCUGGCUAA